AUGAUUCCAUACAAAAAGCACUCGUUGGAAAAGGCUGCACAUGUGGUAAUCGAGGGCAUUCAUGACCCGAUUGUUCAACAAAGUCCUCUCUCGUAUCGUGUAGUAUCAUCAUUCUCGGAUGAAAAUACAGAAAUACAAGGAGAGGAGCUACAAAUGGUGUUGAAAGUGGAGCCAAAAGCAUCUUCCAAUCACCAUCAUCAUAACGAUCCAUUCAAAAUUCAAGACUUUUCAACAAAGGAACAAGAACCACAUUCCGCUGUACCAUGGUACAGUUCUAAAUUAUGUCGGACGGGUUUUGAAAUUAUCAUUUAUUUUGUUUUAUAUGCCAAAGUGCAUACAAGAGUACGAGUGAAGAGUGCAGUGGUUAAGACUGGAAGUGAACAACGAUUGGCACAUUUGAGAAACAAUGUUACCAAAUUUUCAGUGAUGGAUAUUGAACAAAUUGUUGCCGAGUUGGAAUUGCAAGAUGAAGCAAAGAAGUUACAAGAUCAUUUGGCUAAUCUUCGAAAAAGCAACGAAGAUGCACUGUCUUGUAUGGUGGCAUCAGUAGAUGAAUGGCUGAGAACAUUUGGCCGAGCUUUUGUUUCUGAAACCAAUAUUGAUAAACCAAGUGAAAAGCGAAUUGAAAAACAAAGAAAACCCAAAAGCAAAAAAUCUAUUGAAAAAGGCGAAAAACCAGUGAACAAAACAACAGACAAAACUCCAACUGAACCCCCACCUGUGACAACAAGUGAAAAUAACAGUGACACUAUUGCAAAUACCAUUCCAGAGACCAAAGAGGAAACGAAAACGAUUUGGCAACGAUUAUUGCAAACUAUUGAAAAUAUGGAAGAGAAAUCUACACUUGAACCACCACGGCAAGAAAUUCUAGAACGGCCUAAUUAUCAAUAUAAUUCCAUCAAAUUGUUGAUCGACACUAAGGAACAUGGAAAGUUAUUCUCCACUGAACAUUUAUUUUCACAAAGCAUUUUUCAAAAAUCAUGUACGAACGUCACAAGUUUUUCAAAAGCUCUAUUGAAAAGAAUUCUCCACAAAUCAGUAUAUGUGAAACAAAAUAAUACGAUAUACAUUUGGGGUGGAUUAACAGACAAUGGAGUAACAAAUGAGUUGAUUACAUUAGAUUUGGACAAAAUGAACCUCUCUCCCAAACGACAGGAAUCUAAAAUAUCUGAACGAAUAUUUCAUACUUUUGAUUUUGUGGUUCAUUCAAACGUAUUUGUCGUCAUUGGAGGCAUAGACAAGAGAGGAAAUAUUCUUUCAGAUAUCAAUAUUGCUGGAACCAAUUUUGCAUGGAAAGACUAUAACGGGUUCAUUCCCAAGCUAUGUGGUCACGCUACUGCUUCAACUUUUCACGAAAUUUAUAUUUUCGGCGGUUUUAAUGGAGAUCUUCAACAAUACUCAAACGAUUUUUACUGUUUUGAUUUGUUCUCGAAAGAGAUACGGCUUGUCAUGAGCAAGUGUCCUAUUGAACCCAGAGCCGGCUCAAGUAUGGCAGUCAUUGAAAACAAUAUUUAUAUUUUUGGAGGUCACUCAAACAGUAGAAUUUUCUCAGACCUCUACAGAUUCAAUAUUACCAGCAAGACACUUUUCAAAGUCAGCAGUAUUGAUUCUUGGGUUGUCAUUCCUCGCCUUACAAUGUCUUCUCUGUACAGUAACGGGGGCGCCUUGCUAUUAUUUGGAGGAUGGAAUGGAUCUGAAUGGAAUACGACAUUAUUUGAGGCUGAUUCAAAAAAUCUGAGAUGGCAAAUAGCCACACGAAACUUUGACUCAAUAUUUGACACAUUUACUCCAUUUUGUUCAGCCACUUCCAUAGCAGGCAAAUUAAUGUUACUUGGAGGAAUUCCAAACCAAAUUCCCUUCGUCUCAUUUCAAGACACACUUCUAAGAUUUGUUUGUUGCAAAGAGCCUCUUGAAGCUCGAGACAACUCUGCUCUCAUUGCUCCAUCAUUUAGAACGCUUCAUCAAAAACGUACAAAGGAUGAUCUCGACUUGUGUCGAUUUUAUUUGGAAUGGUAUAACACAGGAGCCCCUGAAGAGUGUGAUGUGACCAUCCUCAUUAAUCAAUUAGAUGAGAACGCUGAACAAGAAAAGUUUUAUGGACACAAAUUAAUGUUAGCGAGGUCUUCAGUGUUGAAGAAGAAAAUUUUUGCAUUGGACAUGUUUGAACAACAUGAAACUGAGAGAGCUCAAGACAUCAUGAAUGAUUUCUUAAAUUCAUCUGAGGCAUCUCUAAAACAUGGCCAUCCUGUUGCAAUUUUAUUGGAUGAUUUACCAAUCCAAAAUAUUACGAAUUUGAGGACGAGUUUUAAGUGUAUCAUGCAAUAUCUGUAUUCAGGGAUGUUUGAGACGAAAUAUUUGACUACCAGCGAUUUUGAAGAUAUUUAUAUUUUGGCAUGUUAUUUGGAAUUGCCAUUGCUGAAGAAAGCGCUAUGUGCCGAUGUGUUUACAUUUUCUGACAUGAAUUCGCACUGCCUUCUUGUCUACCUCGCUCAAACCAUGAAAACAUUCCUCACUUUGGAGGAUGAAGUGAUUGAAAAUAUUAAUGACUAUGUUCAACACAAAAUAGAUCAAAAUCCUGUGCCUAUUGGAAUGGUUCGUUUGGUGGCACCAACCUCUCUUGAUUUGGAUGUGGCCUCGUAUCGAAGUGUCCUCGUACACAAGUGGAUCCUAACAAAACGAAGCAAGUAUUUCCAUUCUGUUUUCGAAAUGAAUUUCUUAGAGUCCAAAACUCGAGUCAUGAUUUUCGAACAAAACACCAUUCGUAGCGUUCUUACCAUCCUUAAUUAUAUUUAUACCUUGUACUUGAGCUCUGUGGAUAUGGAUCAAAGCAAUGCUGUAGAAAUUUACAUGUCAAGUUUUCAAUUUGAACUUGGGGAGCUUCAUGAAUAUUCGAAAAAUGUCAUUCGAGAGCAGCAAAAUGUGGACAUUCCUACCAUGAUACAACUUCUUGAAAUUUGUGAUGUCGUUGACGAUAAACUCAUGAAAGGAUUUUGCAAGUUCAAUAUUGCCAAACAUUAUGACGAAAUUAUGAAAACAGAUCCGUCCAUGCUCGACAAGUUUGAUAGGGACGUACGCUUAGACAUUCAAAAACAAUAUUGCAAUUUUAUUAAGAAAAAGUGA